AUGGGUGAAAAGGAACUGGAAGAAAAUGAUUGGAUUUGGAAUGCGGCUCAUGUUUCGCUUCAUUUGCAUGCUUCAUCUAUUCUAGUGCUCAAUGGACUGAAUUUCUCGGAAUGGUGUGAACAAGUUCAGUUUCACUUAGGUGCUCUGGAUCUAGAUUCGGCACUCCAAACCGAGAAACCCGCUGCUCUAACUAAUGAAAGCACAGAUGAAGAAAAGGUUUCCAUAAGGCCUGAGAAAACAAACACCAUAAAGACUACACUUCCGAAAGCUGAAAUUGCUAAUGAAUUCUUGAAGAACAUUGAGGAUCAUUUCAAGAGUGCUGACAAGUCUCUUGCAGGGACAUUAAUGGCUGAACUUACCACCAAGAAAUUUAAUGGUAGGAGAAGCGUGCAUGAGCAUGUUCUUGAAAUGGCUAAUCUGGCAGCAAAGUUGAAGGCCUUGGGAAUGGAUAUGGAUGAGUUCUUUCUUGUUCAAUUUAUUUUGAACUCCUUGCCUCCUCAGUAUGAAGCAUUUCAGAUUAACUAUAACACUAUUAAGGAUAAGUGA